AUGCCAACUAGCACUACCACGCUCUUUCAAAAGCUCAAGGCCAUUUGCGUCCCGCUCCUCGAGAACUCGCGACUUCAGACUGGAACACCCCCAAAGCUUGCGUCACAUCUCGACGAACUCAAGACCCUUCUCUGCAAUCUUUCAGACCGACGUGCAGAACUCGAUGAGCCCCUAAUAAAGUACAUUCUCUUCGCACUCUUUGCGAUACCAAGACAGAACCCCAUCGAGUCAGUUCCAGAUCACAUUCUAGAACGUGUACUCGAUGCUACCGCGUUACUUGUCACUGCCUAUUGGUGGACGAUGGAUCAUAAAACUUGGCAGAGUUUUGUGACGCUAUGUAUCAGGGCUCUGCCCAGUGCAGAUCCGCAAGCGAAAGGAAAAGGACGCAAGAGGGAUGAGGAGACACAGUUGGCGGCCGUACGUUGCCUAUAUGAGCUACUGCGCGAUCAUACGAAAGAUACAGAAGUAUCGGAGGAAGAUAAAACUAUAGGGGCGAUUCAACUCGCUCUAUUUGCCGCGUCUAGCAUUCCGAUAAUGGCAGAAGUCUCUGGCGCACUUCUCAUGGUUGUGGCUAGCAAUAACCACAAACUACAAACAACGGCUCUGAACGGCCUCCUUGGCGUCGUCGAAAACUUCUUUCGGGAAAAAUAUUCACCAAAUGUACUGCCUGGUAUAGUCAGUACAUUGUUGCCUUUGCUACUCAAGAGGCAAGGCAAAGCACACCAACAAGGCGACAUCGUCAAACAUUGCCUACAGGUGAUGGAACGAGUCGUCAUUCUAUCCGUUGGGGAUGAGAUAUGCUUUCGCGAAGGCGCGCUGCGACGCGCCCGCACACUUGAUGACUAUGCGAGCGAAACGCAGGAGGGAAUUGGGCCGUCUACGUUUGGCGGAGAGCUUGGUAGCGCUAUUAAACGCACGCCGCUGUGGCUCAAUACUGCCAGUACCCAGCUGCAUAAGGCUUUUGGUGGGUUCACGCUAAAACUCGCCGGUCAUCCAAGUCCGAUGGCACUACAAGCCUUGAUUGAGUUUUGUAGAAGUGUCCUGUUGGCGUGUACAGAGGCACUUUCACAAAAUUUACAAAUCCUACUCUUGCCAUUGGUCCUUCUCACCCUCCAUGACCUCCCGGCUAUCGCCAAUCUCGCCCACAAAGCCGUCCUCGAACUGACAACACAUCUGAAAAUCGGUCAUCACAUCUCCCAAGCAUUAUCCAAGAUCAUUUCCGACACACUUCAGAGCCUGCCUUACCUUAUAUCGGGCCACAAUGACCAACUAGUCAACGGUCUUAAGAUCCUGAUAGCUGCGGCAAGGAUCUCCUCAAACAACCGUUACGGAUCCUCCUCUACUAUCAGCAAGAUCCUUGGAACUACGGGGGGUAUCGAGAAAUGGGGUUGGAGCAUUCUGGAAGUGAUAGAACUCAGUACGCCCAACGCAUUUUAUGCGCUUCCGAAUCAGAAUGUACCUCUGCUCGAAGACGCUCCUAGCGAGAGGAUCACCUUUCCUCAACCUGUGAUCAAGAGCAUUAAAGACCUCGACUCUCAAGAUUUCUUGAGUGAACUAUUUCGCUCUUGGGGGUUUGCAGCAGGAGAAGAUGCUCUAUUCGCUGUAGAGUGGUUCGUCGGCUUUGCGUCAAAGGGAUCCGGUGCAGGAGAGGUUUCCGCAUUGUGGUGCGCCUCUCGUUUGCUUGAGGGUGCUUCAGAGUGCAGGUUAGAUAAUGCAGGUGAACCUAAUCGGCAAGGUGUCCCAAACCGCCGACCUCGUCUCGAGCGACAUGCACGAUGGCUCACUAAGCUGGCAGCCUCCUUCUGGGAGCGAGAUUUGGAAGAGGAGAGUGGACAGGAGCUACCGAGAGAGUCAAGUGGCGAUACCAACCAAGUAGUAGAAUACGUCAAGGGUCUGAACACUCUUGACGAGCUGCUGGCGAUAGGUAAAAAUGCCAAGGCGUCCAACGCGGGGAACGCACUCGAAUCCCAGAAGAUACUCUACAAAGCUCAAGCUCUACAACUUCUGGCCAUCUCCUCCUCUGUUUUGGAGACGCGGUUUGCGACCCUAUUGCUCCAAGCCCUCUAUCCGCCCCUACACUCUUUCGUCUCGGCCAAUUCCUUUCUCUCAGCGACAGCUCAUUCAACGCUACUCUAUAUAGCGAGAUCGUGCGGCUUCGCCUCUGCGUCCAACCUCCUCCUCUCAAACUUUGAUUAUGCGCUGGGCUCUGUGAGUCGAUACCUGACACGUCAACGUCUUGACAUGCAUGCACCGAGAGUUCUCGUUGUGCUCGUCAAGCUGGUGGGAAAGGGCGUAGUAGACCGAGCUGCAGAUGUCGUGGAAGAAUGCUUCGAGAGAUUGGACGACUAUCACGGCUAUCGAAUAGUCGUCGAAGGCCUGGUGGACGUCCUUUUGGAGGUUGUACGCGCAGUGGAACGAGAGGAUGAGCCCGCUCGACCUCGAGAAUCGAAAGUGGACAGUCUAAAGCGCAACCGUCAACAAAAGCCGGAAAAGGAUAUACGGGAGUUUAUCAUCUGGCUCGAAGAGUACAGGAGGCCCUCUGUACAACAGGAGAAGGAGGAUUUUGGGCCAGCACCUCGACGAGCGUGGGGUACGUCCGAAAGUGAGCAAAACGAAGCGGAACAAAAGCAAGAAGACGAUGCUCCCAAGUUGAACCCAACUCAGACGUUAGUCCAACAGAUUGUCAAGAAAUCCAUCUACUUCCUCACACACCCGUCGCCGUUUAUCCGCGCACGUAUCCUUCUUGUCCUGACUUCGUCCGUUUCUACGCUAUCCACGAUAGAAUCGUCCCUCCUUCCCUCUGUACACGCCGCAUGGCCCUUUAUCCUCAACCGACUCAACGACUCAGAGCCAUUUGUUGUCGUCGAGGCGGCUGAAUUGAUCCAGGCGUUAACGGAGCACGUUGGAGAGUUCAUGGACCUCAAGAUUUGGGACGAUGUAUGGCCCGUCUUUCGCAAUCUCAUUGCAAAACUUGAGAAGGCAGACAAGCAGAGCGCACUCGCCCGUCGCACGGCUUCUCACUCGCUCGGGACGCAAUCGGCCUAUACGACGAGCCAUCGACUUUAUUCAGCCGUCCUGAAGACGAUGUCGAGGGCGAUUGCAGACGUAGAGGUGAAGGACAGUGUCGUCUGGGAGGUUCUCCUUGCGUGUCGUCGCUUCCUUGGACGUGAUGUCCACGAAGAGUUGCAGGCACUGGGAAGGCGGCUGUAUCUGGAGAUGGCUGUCAAAAACGCGGACGCCGUAUGGUUGACGUUGGGAGGAGCAGGUGCUUCCGGUCCAGACUACUUGAACCUGGAGCAUAUCAGAGAGAACGCGGAAAUGAUCGUCGCAGAAAUCGAGUGA